AUGUAUGAUUCAGAGUUCGGUUUACCAUGGCACAGUUCAGUUGAUCAUUCUGGUGCCUACUUAAUAGACAGGAGUCCGUCGUACUUCGAACCUGUUCUCAAUUAUCUUCGACAUGGACAACUUAUUCUGGACAGUGGACUUAACCCAGCCGGUGUCUUGGAAGAAGCAAUAUUUUUUGGUAUCACAUCCUUGUACAAACCACUGGAGGAAAUGAUUAAACUCAAUGAAAAACCAGGAGAUCAUACAGCAAUAACAAGAAGGGAAUUUGUGUUGAUGCUUCAAGGGAGAGGGGCCAACUGUGAGCUCAGAUGUCAGGGGAUGAAUUUUGAAGGUGCAGACCUAUCUAAUCUGGAUCUCAGAUACAUCAAUCUGAAAUUAGCAAAUCUCAGCAAGGCAGAUUUGUCCGGUGCUAAUAUGUCAUGCUGUUGUCUGGAGCGUACAAACAUGGCAGGGGCAAAGAUGGAUGGUGCAAAUCUGCAGGGUGUUCGGAUGGUGCUUGCCAACCUUGAAGGUGCUACAUUAAUAGGGUGUAAUUUUGAAGAUCCUCAUGGAAGAAAAGCUAACCUGGAAGGUGUCAACAUGAAAGGUGUCAAUUUAGAAAACAGCCAGAUGGCUGGGGUGAACCUCAGAGUUGCAACUUUGAAGAAUGCUAACCUGAAGAAUUCAAACCUUAGAGGGGCAAUAUUAGCAGGAACAGAUCUAGAGAACUGUAAUCUGACUGGCUGUGAUCUUCAAGAGGCUAAUCUACGAGGGGCAAAUGUUAAGAAUGCAACAUUUGAAGAAAUGUUGACACCACUCCACAUGUCUCAGUCAGUGAGGUAGAUGAAAAAUGGUAGACUUUGCCUUGUAAAUGUGAAUAGCGUAUUUCCAGGGAAAGUCUUGUUGUGCGUAGUUAUCUUCCAUUGCACCUUUUCUCAGCUUCCUUUUGUUGUGUAUUAAAAACACAACUGUCACGUAUUGUAUAAUGCAGUACAUACACAUGUACCACUAAAACACUAUUAUCAGCUCAGCUCAAAUUUUUGGAUAAUCAUAGAGGAAGAACACAGAAGGAGGUGCAACUCUGGUACUUUAAAGUGUUCAAUAAUUGUCGCUGCUGAGUGAGACUGAUAAUAGAAAACAUUCCAAAACUGCCUGAUGACUGCCUGCAUCUUAGCUAGACAAGCGAGGCCAGUAAUAUCCUAGU